AUGCCUUAUGCUAGAAGAAAUUUGAGAAAGAAGGGACCAAAAGUCUCUCUGAAACAAAAGAACUACAUUAAGUUCAGAAAGGGUGCUUUCGGAAGCCAGGCGAUUCGGAAAGUGUGGGAUAACAAAAAGACCAUCCGACAGAAUUACGAACGUUUAGGUCUUUGCACGGAUGUCAAUGCCGUGAAAAGAGAAGAAGCUUCGAAUAUAAAACCUGUUAUCGUUUGUUCCUCAGGAAGUUGUGAAGAAGGAGAAUCUUCAGAUGAAUAUGUUUGAUCAAGAGCACGUUCGUAACUUGAUUGAGCGUUAUGGAGAGGAUUACGAGGCUAUGUUUAGAGAUAUCAAGUUAAAUGUUGACCAGUGGUCUGUUGGUCAGAUUAAGAAAAAGUGUGCCUUGUAUAAGAAAAUAUUGGCUGCUGUGAAUGAAAAGGUAUCUAAGAAGGAGAAGGAAGAAGAAGAAGACUCUAUGAAUAUGGAAAAGGAGGAGGAUGAAAGUCUUUUAGAGGAAUAAAA